GCGAGAGCCCGGCGCGCGAUCUCGUGGUCGCCCCCUCCUCUCCUUCGGCCUCCCGGCUCUCUGGCUGCGGCGUCAGCGGCCGCUUUUACCUCAGUCCCGGCGUCCUCGGUGCACCCCUCCCACUCCUGGUCCGCCUGACCGCCCGCCCCUGGCUACCCCGGCGCCGCCCUAGGCCGCGGCCGCAGCUCCGGGCUCGCGUCAGCUCCGCCCGCUCUGCCCGCUCGCGGCCCGCCCCCUAUGGGCCCCGGCUAGAGGCGCCGCCGCCACCGGCCCGCGGAGCCCCGAUGCUGGCCCGGAGGAAGCCGGUGCUGCCGGCGCUCACCAUCAACCCCACCGUCGCCGAGGGCCCGUCCCCCACCAGCGAGGGCGCCUCCGAGGCGAACCUGGCGGACCUGCAGAAGAAGCUGGAGGAGCUGGAACUAGAUGAGCAGCAGAAGAAGCGGCUCGAGGCCUUCCUCACCCAGAAGGCCAAGGUCGGCGAGCUCAAGGACGACGACUUUGAACGGAUCUCAGAGCUGGGAGCCGGCAAUGGCGGCGUGGUCACCAAGGUCCAGCACAGACCGUCGGGCCUCAUCAUGGCCCGGAAGCUCAUCCACCUGGAGAUCAAGCCGGCCAUCCGCAACCAGAUCAUCCGCGAGCUGCAGGUGCUGCACGAGUGCAACUCGCCCUACAUCGUGGGCUUCUACGGGGCCUUCUACAGCGACGGCGAGAUCAGCAUCUGCAUGGAGCACAUGGACGGCGGCUCCCUGGACCAGGUGCUGAAGGAGGCCAAGCGCAUUCCUGAGGACAUCCUGGGGAAAGUCAGCAUCGCGGUGCUCCGGGGCCUGGCGUACCUCCGGGAGAAACACCAGAUCAUGCACCGAGACGUGAAGCCCUCCAACAUCCUGGUCAACUCGAGAGGGGAGAUCAAGCUGUGCGACUUCGGGGUCAGCGGGCAGCUCAUCGACUCCAUGGCCAACUCCUUUGUGGGCACGCGGUCCUACAUGUCUCCGGAGCGGCUGCAGGGUACGCACUACUCGGUGCAGUCGGACAUCUGGAGCAUGGGGCUGUCCCUGGUGGAGCUGUCCAUCGGCAGGUACCCCAUCCCCCCACCUGAUGCCAAGGAGCUGGAGGCCAUCUUCGGCCAGCCUGUGCUGGACAGCCCGGAAGGGCAGCCCCAGAGCAUCUCACCGCGGCCUCGGCCCCCCGGACGCCCCAUCAGUGGUCAUGGAGUGGACAGUCGGCCUGCCAUGGCCAUCUUCGAGCUGCUAGACUACAUUGUGAAUGAGCCACCACCCAAGCUGCCCAGUGGUGUGUUCAGCCUGGACUUCCAGGAGUUUGUAAAUAAAUGCCUCAUUAAGAACCCAGCAGAGCGUGCAGACCUGAAGAUGCUCAUGAACCACGCCUUCAUCAAGCGCUCUGAGGUGGAGGCCGUGGACUUCGCCGGCUGGCUCUGUAGGACCCUGCGGCUCCACCAGCCCGGCACCCCGACACGCAGCGCCGUGUGACAGCGCCCUGCCGCCCCCGGCCACCUGCUGCCACCCGCGCCGCACUCAGGCCGGGACAGGCCCUCGCUUCCCGCCCUGCACCCCGGGAGCCCUGGCGUCCACGGCCCAGGGGAGGGGUGCCCACAGCCAUGGUCAUCGGGCCCUGCUCCCUUAGGCCUCAAUGCGAUGAAACAAAGCGAGAAGAAACUGCA